AUGGUCGCCUCUUUGGCUGGAAAUAUCAAGGUGUUUUCGGGAACUUCGCACCCGGAGUUAGCACAGCUGGUAGCCAAACGGUGAGUAGAAGGGGAGAAGGGGGAGCGGGGACACAGACGCUGUAGCAGUCAGGAAAUACUUGUUCGCGAACACAUCCGGAGUGCGUCCAUACGAAAGGUGGCAGAACCUUACCCGCUUCGCUUGCCACCUACGUUCAGGCUGGGACAACCGCUAGGCCGGGCUACAGUGACGCGCAACGAUGCUGGAGAGUCGAUUGUGCGAAUAGCAGAAUCGGUACGAGAGCACGAUGUGUACAUCAUCAACACUUCUUGCGUCUCGCCGACACCCUCGGGAUCAGCAGCAUCUCCCAACACUUCGUUGAUGGAGCUUUUGAUCAUGAUUCACGCUUGCAAGACUGCAAGCGCAAAGAGGAUCACUGCCGUCAUUCCCCACUUUUUCUACGCCAGGCAGGACAAGAAGGACAAGAGUCGAGCUCCCAUCACUGCAAAGCUGAUUGCAAACAUGAUCGAAAACGCGGGAUGCGAUCAUGUAAUCACGAUGGACCUUCACGCAUCCCAGAUUCAGGGUUUCUUCAACGUGCCUGUCGACAAUCUGUAUGCGGAGCCCGCGGCGCUUCAGUACAUCCGGGAGAUGGUGGACUGCUCAAAAGCUGUCAUCGUGUCUCCAGAUGCGGGGGGUGCCAAGAGAGCCACCUCGCUCGCAGACCGGCUUGAGGUGGAUUUUGCUCUCUUCCACAAGGAGAGGAAAAAGGCAAACGAAGUGUCACGGAUGGUUUUGGUUGGGAAUGUGAAGGGCAAGGUAGCAAUCUUGGUGGACGAUAUGGCCGACACGUGUGGCACUCUGGAUCUAGCUGCACAGCAAUUGGCGGAAAGCGGAGCUGAAAGGGUUCUUGCUAUCGUCACGCACGGAAUUCUGAGCCCACCUGCCAUUGAAAGAAUAUCCAAGUCUAGUCUGGAGAAGCUGGUGGUGACCAACACUUUGCCUCAAGCUGCGAAUCGAGCCAGGUGUCCCAAGAUCGAUGAGGUGCGUUAGCCAUGUUUCUGCCUGCCAGGAGAAGUGCAGGUGCAGGCCUUCCCAGCGACUCUACUCACCCAGUACGUCCGCCCCAAGAUCGAUAUCAGUCAUGUCCUUGCUGAGACAAUCAGACGAUCGCACCAUGGUAAGAACCUUCUGCAGAGAACAAGGGCUCUUCGUGGAAGCUCACUGACUCAUUUUGCACCCUCUGACUGUCCUGCUCUGUCACCUUGACAGGCGAAAGUGUUUCGGUGCUUUUCAACGAGAUUCCUUACGACACGACACAGCCGUACAGGCACGGCCUUGACACUCCUGGCGGAAGUCCCCCGAGGUCUGGGCUGACUGGCGAAAGCUUCCACAGCGCAUUCAAGCCUAGUCCAUACAACGAUCCCGACCCCCCAUCUCGAGCCAAUUACUUUGCGGAUACAUCCUCUUCAGGAUCUAGCUCCCUGCCCCCUACGCUUGCGGCACUUUCGACUCAGACGCAAGCCGGUUCGUCCGCCCAUCAAACACAGCAUGCCAGUGCAGACGGUAGAUCUACCGUCACGCCUCCGUAUCCCUCCGCAUCACUGCCAGAAGAUGCAACCCCCAAAGCGCUGACCAACAAAGCUAGGGAACCGAGUCCACUUACAAGGGAAUUUUCCGCCUCCUAG